CGCUCGGAUCCUUCGCUGCGACCUUCAGCUGCGUCUUGUGGCGUCUGGUGGAGAUGCAGAAGGCGGCGCUCGUCGUUGCGGUGGUGCUGCUCGCCGCUGCUUUCGCUCAGCCCCAGCAGCUCAUUCUGCAGCUGCCUCCUCCAAUUGCAAGCCUCUAAUGAAGCUAGGGUCAGAUCAGGGAUGCGUUUCUUCCUGUGGACUAGCCUGAAAAUACAAGGGAGAUCAAUAUCAGAUAACAAUUUGGAAGAGACAUUGCACCUCACACGGAGCAACACGUCCCUGAAGAUCAAUGACUUCUUGCUUCUCACAACUCAAUGCUGACCAAAUGAAGCACAGAAUAGUAUGACAUUAGAUACACAUCAUGCCUUGUCAUCGCCCAUACUAAAUUUCUCAACUGCAAGAUAGCGAUGGAGUGAAAAUAAUUAUGUAGGAGUUGAGCAGGCAAUUAAUACCAUGAGAGCAUCUGACUGUUCAGUAUAACCAUACAUACAAAAAUACAAGGCUUGAAUUUGCCAACAAAAUAGGACAAUUGAUGCCCAAUAGGAAAGAGAACAGUGCAUCCAUUCUUGAAAAUACUAGGACAAACUUUCUCGCUCAUGUUGAAGGUACUACACUCAAAGGAAAUUCAGAUGACUCGCUGACCGCAGGCCAAUCUUUGCUAAGUGGGCAAACAUUAGUGUCAGCACAAGGUAUUUUUGAGCUGGGCUUCUUUUCAAAUGGGGACAAUGCAUAUCUAGGAAUAUGGUACAAGUACAUGACACCUCGAACUAUUAUCUGGGUGGCAAACCGUGACUACCCAAUCAACGGCGGCAAUGCAAGUCUUACCCUCAGUGCAAGUUCUCUUGACCUGCUGGAUAGGAGGCAAAACAAAGUGUGGUCAAGUGGCAGCCUCGACAUUAACAGUCCACAAGCCCGCCUUCUUGAUUCUGGCAACCUUAUCAUCAGCGACACAGUGUCUGGGAAUCCAAAUCCACUAUGGCAAGGUUUUGAUCAGCCCUGCGACACAUUGUUGCCUGGUAUGAGGAUUGGGUAUGACACAUCCACUAAUCACAAUUGGAAACUCAGAUCGUGGAUGACUGAUUCGGACCCGUCUCCUGGGAACUACUACCUCAGCCUCGAUCCGAAACGACUGCCUGAUGUGCUCUUGUUCAAUGGCACUGUGCUGAUUUACAGGAUUGGGACAUGGAACGGUCAGGGGUUCAGUGGCCUUCCCGCUCUGAAGGGGACAAGCGAGUUGGCCUUUAACAUGACUGUUGGUGAAGGCAGUGCGUAUUACUCGUUCAAAUCUUUGGACAACUCAGUCCUGUGGCGAUUUGUGGUGAGCCCGGAUGCCCAUGCCCAUCGUUGGCACAGCAACCAGAGAAACGAGUGGGUAGAGUACUGGCAUUUGCCUCAGGAUCAAUGUGAUGCCUAUGCCUACUGUGGGCCAAACGCGGCUUGCUACAACGGUGAUUGUAAAUGUCUGCAGGAAUUUGUCCCCAAGUCGCCGAGCGAUUGGAGCCAGAGGAACUAUGUGGGUGGUUGUGUGAGGGAUGUGGUGCUUUCUUGCUCAGCGCGUAACGGUUUUGCGCAUUUGUCACAUGUGAAGGUGCCCGACACGUUGAAUGCAACCAUGGUUCGAGGCAAGAGCUGGGAUGAUUGCAAAAAGCUGUGCUUGAGAAACUGCUCGUGCAGUGCUUAUACUAUUUUCGGAGAUAGUGAUUGUGUGGUCUGGUCAGGUGAUCUGGUAGAUAUUGUUCAGCUUACUGAAGGGAUCAAUGAUUUGUACAUUCGAGUUUCUCAUAGCAAUCCGUCUCAUACAGGUCGAAACAUUAGUAUCAUUGUUUCUGUUUCUGUCGUUGGAGUGGUGAUGGUAAUUUCUGCAUUGCUAGGCUUUUGUUAUUGCCGAAGUCAACAAAAGCAUUCACCUCUAGCACAUGAAGUGUUUGGAACAGGACAUGAGCAUGCACCAGGGUCCAAGAUUGUCUCUCCCCUUGAGCAGAAUUUAGACUUGGAUGCUAUUAAAGUUGCCACCAAUAAUUUUGCUGAGCAAAAUAGUAUUGUUUCUUCCCGAUCUAGAACCAUCUACAAGGGAAUACUACCAAAUUUUGGGGAUUUGGCAGUCAAAAGAUUAAACAUGGAAGUAGGACUUGAGGAGCUAAAAAAUGAGGUGAGGAUGCUCGCGAGGCUUGACCAUCCAAACAUCAUAAGGAUGCUGGGUUCUUGCAUAGGGAAUAGCGAGAUGGUGAUAUGCUACGAAUAUAUGCCUGGUGGUAGCCUUGAUGCAGUCCUUUUUGCUGAAGAUGAGAAGAUUGGAGUCCCUGAGUGGUCUUCACGUUUUCGCAUCAUGCAAGGGAUUUGUGAAGGACUGUUAUAUCUACAUGAACACUGCAGAAUUGUUCAUCGUGAUAUAGACCCUAGUAAUAUCCUACUCAGCGGGGGCUUCAUCCCCAAAAUUUCAGACUUUGGUCUUGCAAUUCUGCUUGCUCAAGGUCAGUCUGAAGGGAAGGCUGAGAAGUUCCGGGGAACACGUGGUUACAGUGCUCCGGAGUUGUUUUACGGCAAGUACUCAGCAAAGUCAGAUGUGUACAGCUUCGGCGUUGUACUUCUGGAGAUUGUAACAGGCUGCAAAGCUACAUCAUUUUCUAUAGAAGAUGCUGAUGAUCUCCUUACAUAUGUUCGACAACACUGGACUCAGGGAACAUCAGAUCAGUUGAAGGAUCCAAGAAUGGGGGAAGCUCCCAGAGGGGAGAUAGAAAGAUGCAUCCAUAUAGCGGUCCGUUGCGUCCAGGAUGAUCCACUUGUGAGGCCUACCGUAUCGUACAUCAAGAACACAUUAGCAGCCAUUCGGUCCGUUCCUUGAUUGCGAUCGAAUAAUGCUGCACUACUCAAAUAUAAUGUGGUCAAUGGAUAAGCUGAUAUGGGACGUGUUGUGCUGGUGGAUAAGCAAUGUUGCAUCUGCUGUCAACGUGCCAAGGUGGUUCAAUUGUACAAAGUGAUUGUAAUCCUCGUAUGGAAAUUGAUUAAGAUCGGAUUUCUAGAACCAUAUUUCCGUGAAAUUCGGGGGUACAUGCCCCAUGCCAUAAUACCACAGAACUGGACAUUUACUAAAGAAAACCUCGUACUCGUGUAAACCAAUAGCAACACGCCAAAGCUGCAGUUUGAAAAAGAAUGUAUUUAGUUUAAUACUUGGUCUUA